UGGAUUGACACCAUAUUCGCCAUACCCAUUGUGUUUUACAUGAGUAGUCUUCAUCGCUGCUGUAAUCAGGAUCAAGCUAUAGAAAUAACUUGCACAAGCAAUACAAUACUAGGUGUAACUAGGUCAAGUACAAUGGUCCUUUGGAAACUACUUAGCUGUAGAUAAACGUAUUUUUAAAUACAAUUAGUUACAAUUCACGCAGCCGUACGGUGCGGUGUUGAAACGUCUCCUAGUAUAUACUUGUAAGGUACAGCAGAAGGCCGUUUAUCGAGAUAACCCAGCACCGCCCUGUGUUUGAUUUUUACUUUGGCAAAUCUUCAUUGAUGGUGCAUUCGCAUAUAUUCAUUCUGUGUAAGCUUCGCCCGGUUUUCUGUGGAUUUGUGGUUUCUUGGCUGUGGUAAGGAGUUACUUGCGGUGCUUGUCACUGAUAACACGACCGACACGAUGAGGGUGAAUGGAUUGGCGAUGGUCUGUUUCGUGGUUAUAUCAUCACUGGUUAUACUUUUCUUCGUCUACAGACCCCAAACAUUGGUAAAUGUAUCGUUUACAAAACCGGCUGUUGUACAAACCAUGCCAGCAAUUUUUUUAGCAACAAUUCGACCACCUUUGAGACUCGACCAAACAGUGAGGAUACUAAAGGACGACCCGAACUCUCCGCUAGCCAGUUUAAGAAAGAAUGGAUACUCAAAGAAGCUGCCGAGUUUAGAUGAACUUCAAAGACUAGAUACUUCAGCUUUAUGGACGACCUUCCACAGUUAUCUCGAUAAUAUGGACAUCGUAUGCGACAGGAAACUUCGCAUGGGUAACAUUGCCGACGGCGGAUGGGAGAUUUGUGAUGACCCACCUGUCAGACCAGUGAAGCCGUGCAUCGUGUAUUCAUUUGGAAUCAACAACGAUUUUUCCUUCGACAAUGAAGUUGUGAGGUUAUACGAGUGUAAUGUUUAUUCUUUUGAUCCCAGAUUCGGGCAUUUUCGAUUAAUUCGGUCAAAAGGCAGCCUGCCCCCUUAUAAAAAUGGGAGCCCGUACGCCUGUGUAUGAGUGCCUCGUACCUCGUACAACAAUAGCCAAUUAUAUUUAUGAGAAGACAAACAUUACGAUUUCAUCGCUUUCCAUGCAAUCGGACCCGGCCUCGGUGGCAUCGUGGUU